AUGUCCACAGUCAUGGAGGCUCAGUCUCUCAACUUCGUCGACGACUGCACCACAUUCAACUCCGACCUAUGGAAAAAGGCCAACUGGCGCAUGGGCCUAGGAUCAGUCCUGGCCGCCAACGUAAACCCAAGCGGCGGCGGCGUGCUCAACUUUGAGAUCCCAGUGGGAACCCACGACGGCGGCGAGAUCGUCUCCAAGGCACAAUACCCUUUCGGCCAAGUCGCAGCCCAGUUCAAAGUCCCGGACCUGCCUGGUAUCAUCUCCAGCAUCUUCAUGUACCAGGGGACUUCCACCAGCGACGAGAUUGACAUCGAAGUAUAUCUCAACAAGGGCAGAUGGGAGGUCGCUUUUACUGUGUAUCGCCUGGGCGUCAAGUCGUGGUCGAAGGGAUACUUUCCAACGUGGGAUCCCAGCUCGGGCUAUUUCGAUUAUAUGAUUGACUAUCAGGAGGACGCCAUCUCGUUCUAUGCAAAUGGUGAGAUGGUAGCCAAAUAUGCCACGCCGGAGAAGCAACCGAUUCAUCCGAUGAAUAUUCAGCUCAACGCUUGGUUCCCGGCAUGGCUCCAAGGCAAACCGGCAUCGGCUACUCGCUACUUGCAAGUCAAUCAGAUAUCCUACACGCAAUCCUAG